CACUGAGUCCAACACCUGUUUUUUGCCUCUUUCCCCUUUCUGUUCUCCUUCUUCAGUUCUUCCUCCUCUGUUCUCCCUUUCUCCCUCUUCCACUCCCAUGGCUGCCCAUCUCCUGUUUCCACAAUAACACAAAUCAAAUCCAUUUUCCAUAGCAAAAACUACAAAGAAACAGAACUUCAAUCCAAUUAUCAACGAAGAGUUCAAUCUUAAUAGCAUAUGCAGAGGGACCUUGGGCUCUUCGACGACGGCGGAGAUGAGAUCGGAGAGGAGAUCGAAGCACCGUGAUGGAGCGCGUGAGAGGGAGGCAUUUAAGAGGACACGUCAUCCCAUCAGUGGAUAUGGUCAGCUUAGUAUAGUCCCAAAAGGAAAGGCCGAAAGGGACACCGACAUCCCACCAAAAGCAAAAGGAGAGACCUAGUCGAAAAAGACAAAAGCAAAAGGAGAUAGUAAAAGAGAAAGGAAGGGGCGUGUAGUGUAACUUCUAGAGAAUUUGAAACCAAUUCCCACUCAACUGAGAAACCACCAAAAUUUUGAGAUUUCCCUUAGCAGAGUUUUGUUGGUUCAUCUAUGGCUCUGUUCCGAGGUCACAAGGCCUCCCUUUCCAAAUACACUACCUCUCCUUAUCCAUUUCUCUAUCACGUGUUCUUGAGCUUCAGAGGUGAAGAUACUCGAAAGAACUUCACUGAUCACCUCUACACGGCCCUUGUCAACGCCCGAUUUCAAACUUUCCGGGAUUACGGACUCGAGAAAGGGAAAAAUAUCAAGGAAGAGCUUGAGAAUGCCAUUCGACAGUCACGAAGUUCUGUCAUUGUGUUUUCGAAAGACUACACCUCUUCCAAAUGGUGCCUCGAAGAGCUUGUCAUGAUCCUUGAACGCAAGAGGACCUCCAAUCAUUUCGUUUUACCAGUCUUCUACGACGUUGAUCCAUCCCAUCUGAGGAAGCAGACUGGAAGUGUUGCAAAAGCAUUUACUAGACACCAGAAAACUCAAUCGUUGAGUAAAGUGAGAAGAUGGAGGGCAGCACUUAGAGAAGUUGCAGGUCUAGCAGGAAUGAAUUUACAAAAUGAAGCUGACGGGCACGAGUCAAAGUUCAUCCAAAAGAUUGUUAGAGUGAUUCAAGAAAAGCUAGGUCGUGUGCCCCUAAGCGAUGUUCAGAAGGAAUUAGAGGAUAAGUUGUUAUCUGUUAACCCUGUUCUUGAUGACGCGGAGGGGAAGCAACUGAAAUUCCAAACGACUGUGAAGCCAUGGCUCCAUAAGCUUAAAGAGGCUAUCUAUGAGGCUGAGGACCUGUUGCAGGAGAUCAAAACAGAAGUGUUGAAGCAAAAGAACAAUGACGAAUAUGGGAGUAGCACCAGUAAGGUACAAGAGCUCAUCUCUACUCCAUCUCAUGCACUUGACUCAGCUUUAAUAUACUCCAGGGUAGAGGAAGUUCUUGAAACACUAGACAACAUUUCAAAGCAGACAAAAGAUGUCCUGGAUUCGGAAGUCACCGCUGGACACAGAGUAUCACGAACACUACCGUCAACUUCUUUGGUAGAAAAGUCUGUGUAUGGAAGAGAUGAAGAGAAAGAAAGAUUCAUUAAGUUAUUGCUAUCAGAUGAUGAGACUGGCAAUGAAAUAGGUGUGAUUCCUAUUGUGGGUAUGGGUGGCAUCGGAAAGACCACCAUUGCCCAGUUUGUAUACAACGAUGUCAGAGUGAAGCAACAUUUUCACCUCCAAGCAUGGGUUUGCGUUUCAAAAGAAUUUGAUGUUUUUAGGAUCUCGCAACAUAUUUAUGAGUCCCUCACCUCAGAAGCUUGCCAAAGCACGAACCUAGAUCUGCUUCUAUCAAAGUUGCAGGCAACUUUGAGGGGGAAAAGGUUCUUCUUUGUUCUUGAUGACAUCUGGAACAAGAAUUAUAACGAGUUGGAAUUCUUAAUGCGUCCCCUUGAGUUUGGAGCACAUGGAAGCAAAAUUAUUGUCACAACACGCGAUGAAAAUGUUGCACAUAUGAUGGGUAGCCUUGAAGCUCACCGUCUCAUGCCAAUGUCUGAGGAAGAUAGCUGGUCGUUAUUCGAAAAAUAUGCCUUGAAAAAUGCAGCUGUUGGUAAUAACUCACAUCUUGAAAAAAUCGGUAGACAAAUUGUUCGAAAGUGCAAUGGUUUUCCUUUGGCUAUUAAGUCCCUUGGGGGUCUCUUAUGUUCUAAAUUGCUAGUGGAGGAAUGGGAAACUAUAUUGAACAGUGACAUGUGGGAGUUCUCACCGGAUGAGAGUGACAUUCUGCCAUCUCUAUGGUUGAGCUAUCUAGAUCUGCCUCUACAUCUCAAGCGUUGUUUUGCCUAUUGUGCACUAUAUCCCAAGAACUAUGAAUUUCAAAAAUCAGAGUUGAUUUACUUGUGGAAGGCUGAAGAUCUAUUGCAACAUAAAAAAAACAAAAUGGCAGAAGAAGUCGGACAAGACUACUUCAAUGAUCUAAUCUCAAGGUCAUUUUUUCAACUUUCAUCAAGUUCCGAUGGAUAUUUCAUCAUGCAUGAGCUUAUCAAUGAUUUAGCAAGCUUUGUAUCAGGAGAAUUUUGUUUUAGGUGGGAGGGCGGUGAUUCACCCAACAAUUUGAGCAAGACUCGUCAUUUUUCAGAUAUAUAUUAUGAUGAAGCUGAUAGCGUUAAGAUGUUUGAGGCUUUAAAGCUACCUAAAUGUUUGCGCACCUUUCUAUCAUUAAAACCACGUUGGUGGUGGAUGUUCAAAAAAGAACGAUGUGAUAUAUUGCCAAAAUCACAAUGUUUAAGAGUGCUCAAGUUAUAUGGGUACAAUAUUAAGGAAUUGCCUGAUUCAAUUAACAACUUCAAACAUCUUACGUACUUGGACUUGUCUGCGACUCCCAUCAAAAAGUUACCUGAUACAAUUUGUACUUUGUAUAACUUGCAAGUAUUGUUGUUGUCAAACUGUCCAGGCCUUACUGAACUGCCAGCCAAAUUGGGAAGAUUGAUCAACUUGAGCCAUCUGGAUAUUACGGAGACAAAGUUAAAAAAGAUGCCACCACAAAUGGGUAAGUUGAAAGACCUCCAGAUGCUACCAGAGUUUGUGCUAGACAAACACAAUGCUGGGGAUAAUUUGCCGGAGUUAAAGAAGCUUGAAAAAUUGCGUGGAAGACUUUGUAUCUCAGGGCUUGUGCAUAGCAGCGGUUUGGAGGCUUACAUUCUGAGGGGCAAGAAGUUUCUUAAGGAACUGGUUUUGGAUUGGAGAGGAAGGGAUUCAAGUGAAGAAUGCAAUAAUACUAUAGAAGAAAGAGAAGUGCUUGAGAAGCUCCAACCUCACCUGAACCUGGAAAGGCUUACAAUUAAAGGUUAUGGAGGCAAAAUGUUUGCAGGUUGGUCAGAAUAUUAUUCUUCCUCUGCUCUUGUUUAUCUUAAACUUGUUAAUUGUGAGAAUUGUAUCUCCUUGCCACCAUUGGGACAGCUACCUUCCCUCACAGAGCUUGAUAUUUCUGGGUUACAUGAAGUGGUGUCCAUAGGUUCUGAAUUCUAUUAUGGUGACGGCAAUACUAUUACUACUAGUGUGAAUAAACCAUUUAGAUCUCUACGGGCUUUAAAAUUCUACAAUAUGAGUGGGUGGCAAGAAUGGUCACGUGGGGUUUUUCCUAAUCUUAUUCAACUUGAAGUAUCAUGCUGUCCCAAUCUUACCGGGAGAUUAGCGUCAGACAGCAGUCUCCCAUCUCUCGUGUCUUUGGAGGUAUGGAAUUGCCCGGAAUUUGAAUGUUUUCCGGAAGAUGGAUUCCCGUCAAAGUUAAAAUCACUUGACAUCAGCGACUGUAAAAAAGUGAAUGCAAAGAGCAUGCAGAAUCUGAACAAGGGUCUCCGAACACUCACCUCUCUUGAAAAAUUGUCACUUGAUUUUGACUGCGACGAAAAAGUAGAUUGGUUUGCGGAGGAGCAGGAGGGGCUGCUGCCCAGCACUCUCACAUAUCUAAAGAUCUGCCGUCUGAAUUGUGAGACCAUCGACGGCGCCAAGUGGUUUGGCCAUCUCAACUCUCUUCAAGAAUUGGAUAUUUGGGAUUGCCCUGCGCUCUGGUGCUUGCCAGAUAGUGGGCUUCCCACUUCUCUUCAACGCUUGCAGAUUUUGUGGUGCCCUGCUCUACAGUGCUUGCCAGAUAGUGGACUACCCUCUUCUCUUUCUGAUCUAAAUAUCUAUGGAUGUCCUUUGCUUGAUGAACGGUGCCAAAGAGCGACGGGAGAAGAUUGGCCCAAGAUUGCUCACAUCAAGUGCAUAGAUAUCAAUUGGAAAACGAUAUGACAACGACAGAGGGCUUAUAUUCUGAUCAAUUUGGCCAUGUCUCAGCGGGUAAAUGUGUCUUCUUUCUGCCCUGGUUCUUGAUAUGAAGCAGUUUCGUGGAAAGUGAGAAAAAUUUCUUGAUAUGUUAAGACAGAGAUAGGCCAAGGUUAAGAUUGCUCGCAGGACCAAUAUUGCCAUGUCUUGAUGUCUGAGUUCUUCUCUUCUUAUCUGAACUUGCAGACUGUUCUUUAUCUCCUCUGCUCAAUCACACAAACACAAGAGUACAUUUAGAGUUUCCAAACUGAAAGAAAAUCACAGAGAGAUGAGAGCCAAUUUUGGGUCGGUACGAUAUAAUUGCCUUCGAGACAUUUCUAGUACGCAAUUUCUGGAUUACUAUGUCUGAUCUCUCUUCAGUUCUUUCUAGUUGAACUGACUUGGUCUUUCAUCAAAGACUUUCUAGAAGGCUUUUAAAGUUGCUCUUUCAAUUUAAUCUUCACAACCUGCCACACAAAAUGUGGCAGAGUCAAUCGAGCACUGGGGUGCAAUGAAUUGCUACAAAAAUGUUUGAACUGGAGUCCACAGUAGUGUCUGUCUUCCAUUUCCUCAUUGGCAAACUAUAAACAGUUCACCACACAAUGUGGAACCAGAAAGUAAAAUGAGCAAUUGAGUUGUAUAUCAGCUCUCUAGAAGUUAUACGUUCGCAAUUAUAUGCAGCGCUACCAGUAAAG